AUGGUAAUAAUAAUAAUAAUAAUAAUAAUAAUAAUAAUAAUAAUAAUUGGAAAUCCCAUGAAACUGCUAACUCCAGGAAUUAAUUGCUAUACGAAAUUAAUUGGU